AUGACCAUUUUACCAUGAAAUAUGUUAUGACAUUAAUGGUAAAAUCGUCAAUCUCUAUACUCAGCUUAAGAUAUAUAGCCCAUUCUCACAAACCCUAAAAUUUCUUUCGCAUUCUCAACUCCCUCUUCAACAAAUCCUCCGCAGUUAGGUUAAAAUGUCUUUGGUUGCGAACGAAGAAUUUCAGCACAUUCUGCGUGUGUUGAACACAAAUGUUGAUGGAAAGCAGAAGAUCCAGUUCGCAAUGACCUCAAUCAAGGGUAUUGGAAGAAGAUUUGCUAACAUCUGCUGUAAGAAAGCUGAUGUUGACAUGAACAAGAGGGCUGGUGAAUUGAGUGCUGCAGAGUUGGAUAAUAUUAUGACAGUGGUUGCGAAUCCUCGUCAAUUUAAGGUUCCAGAUUGGUUUUUGAACAGAAAGAAGGAUUACAAGGAUGGGAAAUUCUCUCAGGUUGUCUCCAAUCAACUCGACAUGAAGUUGAGAGAUGAUUUGGAGAGACUCAAGAAGAUCCGGAAUCACCGGGGUUUGAGGCACUACUGGGGCCUUCGUGUUCGUGGUCAGCAUACCAAGACUACAGGCCGCAGGGGAAAGACCGUUGGUGUCUCAAAGAAGCGUUAAGCCGUGAUGUCCUGUUUUGGAGAUUAGAUGAUUUUGAGGCAUAUUUUAAGCACAUUAGACAUGUUUCAUAUACCGAGUUUGUAUGGUUUUUAAUUGAAUGCAUUGGCAAUUUCAAUUUUGUUUGGUUUGUGUUCAAGUGCCUGAUUAGUUGAAUGGUGUUGGUAUUUUUA